GUCUGGGUUCUCUAGAGAGCAACAACUUUUUACUGUAGCAAACGAGCAAAACAAAACUCAUGUGGUGAGGAUACGCAGAGAGUAUCAAAACGAUUUUUGAAAUUAUUACGCCUAUUAUUUGCCUUUUGGGAUAAAAUAUCAUGGAAGAAAGUCAGCCAACUCCAACUAUAGAGAAAGCAAAGGCAAUUUCUGGACUUUCUUCAGAUGUGGCCCAUAAAAUUUGCUCUGAUCGGGUCAUUGGUAGCAUUGGAGUAGCUGUCAAAGAGUUAGUGGAGAACAGUCUCGACGCAGGAGCAACAAACAUUACAGUGAGAUUGAAGGGUCAUGGUUUGGAAAUGAUCGAAGUUUCUGACAACGGCAAAGGCGUCAAGGAAAUCGACUUUGAAUCUCUAGCCAAAAGCUUCCACACAUCGAAGCUGAGUGAAUUUUCUGACUUAGACGCCAUCGGGACAUUUGGUUUCCGAGGUGAGGCAUUGAGCUCCCUGUGCCGAGUUUGCGAUGGCCUUGAAGUGGUCACCAGACAUGAAACUGCAGACUCUGCCAUCAAAUUGAAGUAUGACGCUGCUGGUGACUUAGUGGAAAGGUGCCCUGUUGCCGGAGAGACCACCGGUACUAAAGUUACGCUUAAAAAUUUGUUCGGAACUUUGCCAGUCAGGAGAAAAAUUUUUCAAGAGAAAUCUCAAAUCGAGUUCGCUAAAGCCCUUAACCUGCUGCAAGCCUAUGGUAUUAUCUUAGAUGGAGUGAAGCUUCAAGUAUUUCAUCAAGUAGCCGAUGGCAAGGAGAGCAAAAACAUGGCCCAUUCUAAUGGCACCAGUGUAAAAAACAACAUGAUCCAAAUUCUAGGCCCUAAGUUAGUGCAGAAUCUUCUGGAAAUUCGUAGCAACGGAACUCACUCAAGCUUUGAAAUUGAGGGUUUUAUCAGUUCUUGUGCUCAUGAUAAAGGCCGAAGAGUUCCCGACAAGCAGUACUUUUACUUGAAUCGAAGACCUGUUGAUAUGCCACAGAUAUCAAAGUGCAUCAAUAAUAUCUACAAACAAUUCAACAAACAUCAGUUUCCUUUGGUAGUUCUUCAUGUCACUACCAAAGUCACAGAAUCUGUCGACGUUAAUUUGGCACCCGACAAGCGAAGCGUUAUAAUUAGAGAUCAAACGUCUCUGCUGUCUUUGGUUGAGGACACAUUGCUCAAACUUUAUGAGGACAUUCCAAGCGAGGUAGAUCUCAGUAGCUCUAUUUCAACAAAAUGCAAAGAAUCCAACAGCUUUUUUGAAAAAUUUUCCUUGCAAAAGAGAGCCAGUGAGGCAACUCCGCCAGCAACUAAAAAGCCCCGAUUUAAUGUUUAUGAAUCUCCUUCGUUGAAGCUUGAAAGUUUCUUUUUCCGAAUGCCUAAAAGGUCCAUCACAGAGUCUGCAGAGGCCAAGAUGCCACCUCCUCAGUCACCGUCCAGUUCUAAAGGUGCCAGCUUCAGCACAGAAAAACUACCUGCAGAAGACAUUUGCAUAGAGGAACCAAAAUUUUCCGGAUCAAUAGGUGCUGGAGGCCGCUCAGAACCUAUAGAGCACAAGACUGAUUGUGAUUUGGAGACUUCGGAAAGCCCUCUUGAAAUGCAGGUGAAAUCGCCAGAGACGAACAGUACUCCUAAUACAGGAAAUCCAUUAGCAAGAUUCAAAUUGUCGAGGAAAUCUUCAAACGGAGGUGCUUCAAACUCUAACGAAUCUAAAACUGACAUAAGCUCCGCUAAAGAUAUAACUUUGAAUUUUCUUCUUGAGUCUCUAAGUGGUUCUGGAGAAGCAGGAAGAAAGAAACCGAGUGCAGAAAUAAAAUUAGAGGAAGAAGGAUCAUCCUGUGACUUAAAACCUUUAGUAGCUAAAGAGGACCAAAGAGAAUGUAAAGACUUAGUUGGCAAAUCUACUGAUCUUGUUCCAUUGGGCCAUACAUUUACGGCCGGUCUGGAUCCCAAUAAGAGUAGGCUUGCUGAGGAAGAAUUCAACAGGGUUUUUCAAAAAGGAGAUUUCUUAAAGAUGAAAAUUAUUGGCCAGUUCAAUCUUGGGUUUAUUAUUGCAAGCCUAAACGACGACGUCUUUAUCAUCGAUCAGCACGCAUCAGAUGAAAAAUUCAAUUUUGAGCGGCUUUGCAAAAAUACAAAAAUGAAGAGCCAGCGCCUAGUGCUGCCCAUGAAGUUGAAUCUCAACGCCCCUCAAGAGUUAGUUUUCAACCACCACUCAAAUGUGUUUAGGGAAAAUGGGUACGAAUUCAAGAUCUGUGAUACAGCUCCUGCUGGUCAGAAGGUUCAGUUGACGGCUGUGCCAUCUUUACUGCACGCAACCUUUGGACAGGAUGAUGUUCUUGAUGUGAUUUAUCAGCUGCAAGAUUCUCCAUACAGCCAAAUAAAGAGCAAAAGGGUUCGAUCGAUUCUUGCAUCUAAAGCCUGCCGCUUUUCUGUAAUGUUCGGAAAGUCAAUGAGCCACUUUGGAAUGAGGCGAUUGGUUGAAAACAUGGCAACGAUGGAUCAACCCUGGAACUGCCCCCACGGGAGACCUACUAUGCGGCAUCUCUUCAAUCACACGUUGCUUGCAAGUCAGUUCAGCAAGAACAGUGAAGUCGUUAAACAAAAACCAAAUUUAGGAAAAAUCAAGUUGAUUAAACCUUAACAUUCCCUGUUAUUGUAUUAAUUUUUAGUACAUUUUAUAGUAGUUUUCUCAUCAGCACCAAUCCAUGUUUUAUUAUUGCAAGUUUUAACUGUGUUAUACAUACAUUUUAUUAUUUUGUAUUUGUAUCUUCAAAUAAAAAUUCGACUGCUUUAUGA